AUGGAAGCUUUCACGUCCUCGCGCACGAGGAAAUGCGACGUCAGGGAAGAGACGGACUUCCGUCUGCCCAGCAGCAUCGACAUAACUAGAGACAUUAAGGACGUACCUUUUCCCGAGCCUCGCAGCCAACGCCGGAUCACGCUAACCCCCGUCGCUUCGAUAGAGUCCGACUCUGAUUCUGAGAUUGAGAGCUACACUAACCGCGGCAACAAGCUGAAGAAGAGGGCGCGCUUCGCACACAAGGGGCAAUUGCUGCCCACGACGUCGCCGGUCGCCUACAAGGAGACUGUUGAGUACGCCGGUGUGCGGAGGUCCAUCAUCCACCGCAACCCCCCCUUGGUCGACGAAGACGGCUACGAAUUCGACAGCGACGACGAUGAGGCCCGCAUCGAGGAGGCCAUGCUGUCGGCUGCAGAAUUGGACCCAUAUGCCAACAUCCGCCUAGAACACAUCCUCGCGCCUCUCACCGCGUCCACCGACCUACCGACCCAUCCCGUUCUCUCCAAGCCGUUCACCUCCCAUACACUCACAGAGCUGGUCAAGCAGAGCUCUGGCAUAAUGCAAAAGGAGAACCGGUCACUGUGGAAGGUUCGGCAUUUGUGGACAUCUCUAUGUGGCGACGCAACUUGGGUGCCAUGCUCGACCAUGGUCGGCGCCAACGAUAUCGAGUUUUAUAAGAAAGAUAACACUGCCCGUCAGCCUCAGGAUAGUUCCAAGACAGGCGACAGGGCGCCUUCACCUACCAACGUGAAUGGCAGCUCGAGCACCGACGCGCCCGGUGCCCAUCCUCCGAGGCCAGACGAACCAAAAGCCUCCGACGACGACGUGCCCAUGCGUGAUGCCGAAUCACCUGGCAAGACAAAAACACCUCCCCAGCAGGAUGAGCCUAUGGAAACAGACACCAAACAAGCUUCCGGAAAACCGCCCAACGAAACCACUGCCGCGAACAAUGCCCCGAAGGACGAUGCCGGCAAUGGUAUACCAAACGGCGACACGGGCAGACAUACAAACGGGGGACAGCCUACAAACGAAACUGCAAGCCAGAGUCGUAACAAGGCAAGCCGGCCGUCCAGCGAAGACGUCCAAAUGCAGGACGGCGCUGAAGAAACAAACAAGGCGUCCCAUCAGAACCUGGAAGAUAAGCAGGCCGCAGAGGCGUCAUAUAUCCACCCAAUGUUCCUGCCGCCGCCCAAUGCCAAGCUAGACCGAAACCUCGGGCUCCCGGACAAUGAAGCCGAAGACAUCAGGCGGCUCCUGGCCUUGUACGUGCAAAAGCAAGAAGAGGUCUGCCGAGGAGCUGCAAGAUUGCACCUGGGCCUGCUGAAAGCGGAAAGGUUACGCAAGGACGUGCUGCACUGGUCAAAGGCAGAGGCGCACUGCGGGCCGAACCGGGACAUGUCAGACGGCGAAGACUGGUACGACAAGGAGGAAUGGGGCCUGACGGAGGACCUCAAGAAGGGCCAAGACGAGGAAGAGGAAGACACGACAACCCAAGGCAAGAAGACGAGGAACAGGCGGUAA